AUGUUCUGCGUGCCACCGCACCGCCAUGCGCCUCAUCACAUGUGCGCUUCUCCCCCACCACGUGAAGUGCAUUACCUGCUUCACAUAUCCAUUCCCGCACUUGCUUGUCUACGACCCCCCAAACCUGCUCCCUCGUGUCUCCGCGGUUUCACCAGGGCCCACGUGGGUGACACGUCAGCAUCCCUGCCCGCCUUUCCACCUGAGCUGUCCGCCAUCCACAUGUCUGAAAUGCUUGAGGCGCUACAGGACAACUUCUGCCACCCAGCACGUGAAAUGCGGGUGGCAUCAUUGCGCAUCAUCUGUCACUUCGCCCCCCUGCUUGUGCGGGUGUUUCAUCAGGUGGAAGCACUGGAGUCAUCACCCUACGACCUGCAGAUGGGUCGGCAUGCUGCCACCGCAUUGGCUGCCCUCGCUGCUCAUGCCACGUCAGCACGGCUGCCCAAUCAUCUGCUGCCAGCUGUCACUCGCUGUGUGCUGGGGUUGCUGCAUUCCAAGUUUGCUAUGAUGUGGCAGCCUGCCAUUGGCUGCCUUGCAGCGCUGCUCUCCGCUUAUCCCUCUUCCGCCUGGCCCGUGGUGGGGCGGGAGCUGCGCCACCUGCAAGGGAACUUCCUCCUGGCCGCAACUGGUGCGCCUGCGGAGUCAGGCGGUGGCGCGCAAGGGGAGGGGCAAGGGGAGGAGGGAGGAGAGGGCGGAGAGGGGGAGGAAGGGGAGAAUGAGGAUGGGGAGGAGGGCAGCGACAGUGCUGCAGGCAUAACGGCGCUCUUCCUGCGCGCAGCCAUGGCAGUGCCCUCAGGAGCGCCCUCCUCCGCAGUGCUCUCCUCGCUGCUGCGCGCCCUCAGGCAGGCGCCAGCAGUGGCUACCACACGCCUCUCCCCUGCAGCCUCACCGCCUCAAUCCAUGGGCACUGCCCUCACGCCCCGUGGUGGCGCCUCUGCUGCCGGCGGGCCUAGUGGGCAGCAGAAGCGUGGCACGGCAGGGCAACAGCUGGCAGCACUCUUCCUGGCAUUCGUCGGGGACUCUGAUGACGGCCUGCCGACAGCACAUACAGGGCAAGUGGAAAUGAUACAAGGGGGCACGGCUGAGACAGGAGGGCAGGAGGAGGAGGAGGGGGAGGGGGUGGUGGUGAACAGAGCGAUGGUGGGGGGCAAGCAGUGGCACGUGGUGCUCUCUGAUUGGCUGGAGCUGUUGAAGCGAGUUGAGCUGACAGCGUGUGGCCCCAAGGGGGAGGUGCUCAAGCAUGUCAUCAUCGACAGGUUCUUGGUGCAUCCGGACCCAGCGGUGCAGCAGCUGGCGCUGGACUGCCUCGUGGCGUGGCGCCAUGGCUGCCUGCCUAAGUACGCCACCCGCCUCGCCGCCCUCGCCUCGUACCGCUCGCUCAAAGAGACGCUCACCACGUGGGACAUCAGCCCCGUGGAUGAGGAGGGGGAGGAGGGCGAGGAGGAGGAGGGGCGGGUGGCGGAGGCGGACAGGGCGAGUGUGAUUCCGGUGAUCGUUCGGCUGCUGCUGCCCAAGCUCAAGAAAAGGAGCGGCCAGCUCGUAGGGAAGGCGGCAGCAGGCGUGCAGCGCGGCACAGUGUUGACGUUCCUGGCGCGCCUGCCCCCCGCGGAGCUGCUGCCGCUCUUCCACCUCAUGCUGCUGCCCUUCCGCCCCGCCCUCCGCCCCGCCCACCAACUCGUGGGGGCAGCGCAAGGAGAGGCAGGCGAGGAGGCGUGGCAGCAGGCGCUGAGGCGCGGGGCUACAGAGGACUUCCUGCUGCUGCUGGGGGAGGGUGGGGAUGAGGGAGCAGGGGCGGGAGAAGGGGCGAGGGAAGAGGGUGAGGAAGGGGCAGCAGGAGCGGGAGCGGGAGCGGGGGUGGGGAUGGUGGGGCGCAAGCGAGUGAGUGGUUUUCUGCACCUGGCGGUGGACGUGGUGCGCGUGAUGAGCCGGCAGCAGCUGCAGCCGUAUGUGCUUGCCCUGCUGGCCGUGGCCGUGCGCACCGUGCAGUGCUACCCCCCGCUUCCUCCCAGUGCUGCUGGCGGUGACGCGCGUGUGCAGGAGAGGCGGGAUGAGAAAAUGGGUGAGGCAGUGGAAGAGGAGGAGGAGAUCAUAGAAGAGGAAGGGGAGGGAAAGGAAGAAGAGGAUGUUGAGGAGGAGGAGGAGGCAGAGGAGGUUGAAGGGGGCGAAGGGCAGAAAGAGGAAGGUAUUGAAGGCAAAGAGGAGGGUGCUGAUGCUGCUGAGGGCCCUGGCGAUGCUGACAAGGACGAGCACAAGGACGCGGGGGAUGAUGCACCUGAUGAUGACAAGGAAGACGACGAUGAUGACGCGGAGGGCAAUACCGACGCCACCAAGUCCUUCGCCCCUCACGUGCCCAACUGGACUCGUGAGCUCCGUUCACUCGCCCUGCGCCUGCUCGCAGCCAUCCUCGCCAAGUUCCCCGACAUCGCCACUCGCGCCUCCCUGCCCGCCCCCCUGCGCCCCUGGCCGCUGCUGCUCGCCGCGCUCUCCCCCGCCCUCACCCACCUCGCCACAGACAACGCCGCCUCCGCGGAGCCUUCCGCACUGCUCGCCCUGCUGCUCGCCUUCUCUCGCUCGCCUCGCCUCGCGCUGCUGCUCGCCUCACACCCGCACGCGCUGCCCGCGCUCGCUGCUCUGCUCUCCUCCCCCUCGGCCCGCCUGCCUGUGGUGGGUGCUGCCAUGGGGGUGCUCUCUCACGUGGUGGCGUGGGGCGUGGUGGAGCGCGAGGAGGGCGAGGAGGGCGACGAGGAGGGGGAGGUGGUGCUGCAGUGGGAGCAGGCGGGGGGGGAGAUGGGAGGGGAGGUGGAGGGGGUGAGGGUGGCGAUAGGCAAGGCGGUGGAGGGGCAUCUGGCCGCCAUCCUGCCGCACAUGCAGCAGUUCGUCGCCAGGCAGGGAGCACUCUAUAGCAAGGGGGCGGGGAGGGCGCUGAAGGCAUCAGCGCUGGCGGUGGUGGGGCGGAUGGCGGGCAUGGUGACGCACGCACACCUGGCAGGCCAGCUGGCAGCCGCCCUCACGCCCUUCCUCAGGCAGGCAGCGGGCGGCAGGCGGCGAGUGGACGAGAGCACCACAGCGGCCGUGCUGGGUGUGCUGCAGAGCCUGGCGCCGCUGCUGUCACGCGCUGCUGCAGCCACGUGUGUGCGGCUGUUCGCCCCGCUGCUCACCCACCUGCACCUCAGGGCGGCUCGCCUCGCCCUCGUGCACACGCUCUCUGCGCUUGCUGCCGCACACCCCUCACACUCCAUGUGCCUCCUGGCCUCCUUAGUGGCAGAUCUGUGUGCAUACGACCCGGCCCGCAUAGACGAGUACGACUACACACGCCGACUGCACGCCUACACAUCCAUGCACUGCCACCUCCCCACUCCUGCCGCUGCUGACACCACGUCCACCGAUCUGCACCGCUCGGCAGAGCAGGUGCAGCAGCAGGUGGUGGUGGCGGUGGGGCGGGAGGGGUGUCUACUGCUGCUGAGCUGCGCAGUGCGGGACAUGGCGGACGAUGACAUGUCGCUGCGCCACUCCGCCGCCCACUUCCUGCAGUCCUUCAUCCGCCUCGCUGGUGCUCUUGCCGCCCUCCCUCCUGCCGCUGGUGCCAGUGCUGCGCCAAGGAAGAAGAGGGAGGGGGAGGAGGGGGGCAUGUUGAGCGGGUGGGAGGCGCGGGAGCUGGUGAACUCAGUGCUGCUGCGCCACAUAAAGAAGGGCCUCCAUUCGCCUAUCGUCGUCGUGCGCAGGGAGUGGGUGCUGUUGCUCCGUGACGUGGCGCUACACAUGGGUGCCACGUCACCAGUGGCGGAGCUGAGGUGUCUGGUGAGGGAGGAUGACGUGGAGGCGGAUUUCUUCCACAAUCUCGUGCAUCUGCAGACGCACCGCCGCGUGCGAGCGCUCUCCAAGUUCGCCGCCCUCUGCCCCACCGCGCACUUCUCCCCGGAGGUGCUACUGGAGGCGGUGGUACCAGCGCUGCUGAGGCAGCUGGUGGAGGGGCGGCCGGACAGCGAGAGCGGCGUGAUUGACGCCACCAUGGCUGCCCUCACUGCCAUGGCCGCCCGCCUGCCGUGGGCCGCCUUCCACUCCCUGCUCUCCCGCCUGCUGGCUCUGCUGCCAAGGCGCAGGGAGAAGGGCGAGCAGUGGUGGGAGGAGAGCAAGGGCAGGGGCCGGGGGAAGGGCGGCGAGGAGGUGAGUGCGGCGGGGCAGCGGGCGAUUCUGAGGGCCAUCUGUGGCGUGCUGGAGCAGGUGAAGCACGUGGUCGGGGGAGGGGAGGAGAAGGAUGAAGGGGAGGAAGAGAAGUGCGAAGGAGAGGGUGCAGAUGGGAAGGAGGGUGGAGAGGCUGGUGAAAAUGAUGGGGAUAAGGAGAUCACUGAAAAGGAGAGCGAGGGAGGGAAGGAGGAAAACAAGCAAGUGACAGUGACAGCAGCAGGGGCAGGGAAGGAGGAGGCAGGGAAGGAGGAGGCAGGGAAGGAGGAGGCAGGGAAGGAGGAGGCAGGGAAGGAGGAGGCAGGGGCAGCAGUGAGGGCACGCAUGCAGGUGGUGUUGGAGAAAAACAUCAUCCCUCAGCUGUCCAAGCACCUCGUGGCAGGCGAGGCGGGGCGAGAGGAGGUCAACUCGCACGUGGCGCUCGCUGUCACGCGCACGCUGCUGCUGCUGCCGCCCGAUGCCAUCCGUGUGCACCUCCCCGUGCUCCUGCAGACUGUCGUCAACCCCCUCAAAUCGCGCUCGCAAGGGACAAGAGACACCGCCCGGGCAGCACUCUGCCAGGUGGCGGGGGCGCUGGGUCCAGCGUACCUGGGGUACGUGAUGGGCGUGUUACGCAGCGCGCUCACACGCGGGUUCGAGCGGCACGUGCUGGGCUUCACACUGCACGCACUGCUGCUGCACACCGCCUCCACGCACGGCCGCACCAUGCCCCCCGGCGCACUGGACUACUGCCUGGGCGAGUGCCUGGCGGUGGCAGUGGAGGGGCUGCUGGGGCAGGUGGCGGAGGAGAGGGAGGUGGAGGCGGUGGCAGCGGGCGUGCGGGAGAAGCGGCAGAGCCGGUCGCUGGAGACGGUGCGCAUCGCCGCCUCGCUCGUCAACGUGCGGCGCAGCACGGCCCUGCUGCUCGCCCCCAUCCGUGCCGCCCUGCCCGCAUCACUGGAUCCACGCGUGAAGCGGGGCGUGCAGGAGAUGGUCAGACAUAUGGCCAUUGGGCUGCUGGCCAAUCAGCACGCGACAGCUGGCGACCUGCUGGUGCUGGUGCACGCCGUGCUGUGGGAGGGCGUGCGCGUGGAACAGGCGCAUGCGGCUGCAGUGAGCGAGCGGAAGCGACUGCGUGCGGAGGCGCGGGAGGGGAAGGGCGGAGGGGAAGGGAGGAAGGAGGAAGGGGGGAUGGAGGGGGAAUUGGGGGAUGAGGAAGGGAUGGAAGGGGAGGAAGCGGAGGGUAAAGGGGGAGGGCGAAGAAGGCGGAAGAAGCAGAAGGGGUUGGGGUUUGAGGAGCUGCCAAACGGCCAUGUGGUGGCACUGCUGGGGCUGCAGCUGCUGCUCUCCCUCGCCUCCCACGACCGCCUGCCCGCCUCCGACGCCGCCCUCACGCCGCGCCUCAACGCCCUCGUGCACCCGCUCUCCCUCACGCUCUCCUCCCCCCACGACCCCGUCCUCGCUGCCUCCUUCCGCGCGCUCGCCUUCCUCCUCCACCGCCGCCUCCCCUCUGUCGCCACCGUCGCUCCCCGCGUUGCCACGUCAGCGUUCAAGGUGGUGCAGCAGGCGGGGCGGGCGGCGGCAGUGGCGGGUGGCAUGGUGCACUCGUGUGUGAAGCUGCUAGCGGUGCUGCUGGACCGAUGCCCCGAAGUGAAGGUGGGAGAGGAGCAGGUGAGGGCGCUGCUGGGCAGUGCCGUCUUCACGGACCUCGAGCUGCCCUCCACUCGCACCACCGCGUUCGCCGUGCUGCGAGCGCUGCUGCGGCGGAGAGUGGUGGUGCCGGAAGUGUAUGACGCCAUGGGGCGCGUGCAGCUGCUGCUGCUGCGCUCCCACACGCCCUCCGUGCGCCAGCUCAGCGCCGCGCUGCUGCUCGCCUUCCUGCUCGACUACCCACUGGGUCCCGCGCGCUUGGAGGCACAUCUGAGCUUCCUGAUAGUGAACCUCAAGUACGAGCACCAGAGCGGGCGAGAGGCCGUGCUGGGCAUGCUGCGCGGCAUCAUCGAGGGAUUCCCCUCCGUGCUCGUGGAGGCACACGCCGAUACCUUCUUCCUGCCGCUCGUCACGCGCCUAGUCAGCGAUGAGUCGGCGCGCGUGAGGCAGCUGGUGGCAGCAGUGCUGAAGGCGCUGUUCGUGCGAGUCAAGCCGCCCACGUGUGCUCGUCUGCUGCGCUUUGCCUCUGCCUGGCUGGUGGACCCGUCCCCCCAGCUGCAGCAGGCGGCAGCGCUGGUGCUGGGAGUGGCGGUGGAGGCGGUGGGGGUGGGCGGCGAGCAGGGCGGCAUGGUGGGCACGUGGAUGGGUGCUGCUGCGCGCAUUGUGCGGCGGGCGCAGGGAGGGGAGGAGGGUGAGGGGGGAGUGGAGGGGUGGAAGGGAGUGUAUGCGUGUGUGGUGCUGGCUGAGAAGGUGCUACAGCGGGAGGGUGGGCAGGCGCACAGCAGCAGCAUGCGAGCGCUGUGGCGACAGCUGCCGGCGCUGCUUCUGCACCGCCACUUGUGGGUGCGCGCUGCUGCCUGCCGCCUCCUGGGGGCGUACCUCACCCAUGCCACUGCUGCCGCCGCUGGUGGUGGUGGUGGUGGUGGUGGUGGUGGGAGUAAGGGAUUGUGUGGGACAGAGGAGGAGGGGUUGAAGGCUGUGGUGCUGCUGCAGCCAUCGUACUUGGUGGUGGUGGUGGGGGCGCUGUGCCGCGUGCUGGAGAGCAACAGCAGUGACGAGCGCCUGGCACAGCACACCGUGAAGAACCUCGUUGCCCUCGCUCCCCUCCUGCCCCUCCUUCCCUGCCGCGCUGCUUCUGCUGGCGCUGUUGGUGGUGGGAUGGAGGGGGGAAGGGAGGGGCGAUCGGGGUUGGUGGUGGAGUUAGAGGGGUGUGCGAUAGGGCGGGAGGGCAGGGGGCGGUUGAAACUGGGAUGGCAGCUGCUGAGGGUCAGGAGGAGGGAGGAAGAGAGGAAGGGGGGUGAUGGCAGUGAUGGCGAGGAGGAGGAGGAGGAGGAAGAGGAAGAGGAGGAGGUGGUGGUGGGAGAAGCUGAGGGAGGGAUGGAGGGGGGGGUUGAGGAGGAGGAGGAGAAGGCAGAGGAGCAAGAGGAAGAAGAGAAGAGCGAUGAGGAAACAUACCUUGUAGACUUUGGGGAGGGCAAUGCUGUGGCUGAUGCUGCUGCUGCUGCUGCUGAUGCUGAUGCUGAUGCUGAUGCUGCUGCUGAUGCUGAUGCUGAUGCUGCUGAUGCUGAUGCUGAUGCUGCUGAUGCUGCUGCUGAUGCUGCUGAUGCGGAUGCUGAUAUGCAAGCAACAGGUGCGGGCGAUGGGAACAUCAUGUUGGGCGAACCAGUAGGAGAGGGCAGCGGGGAGGCAGGGGAUGGGGAUGAGGCAGAGGAGUGGCAGCAGAGCGAUGGGGUGGAGGGCGGUGCAGAGGAGGGCGGUGCAGAGGAGGGCGGUGCAGAGGAGCAGAGCGAUGGGGAGGGGCAACUGGAUGGGGCGGUGGCACGUGUGGCACACAGAGUGAAGCCCAUUCAGACGGCAGCAGCGUUGCGGUGUGUGGCAGCACUGGCGACAGCGCUAGGAGGGGAGGGGGUGCGGCCGUACCUUCCGGACGUCAUGCUGCCACUCUUCCGCCUCUCACAAGGCUCCGCAGGCGCUGUUGUCCCACCGGAGGUGCAGGCGGUGGUGGGCGAGGUCGUGGAGCACGUGCGCCACGAGGUGGGCCCCGCCGUCUUCAUCGCCGCCUUCUCCGCCGCCCGCGACACUGCCAGGAGGCGGGCGGCGGCGAGGCGGGAGGCGGCGCGGGUGAGCGUGCUGGUGGACCCCGAGAGGCACGCUCGGCGACGGGCCAGCCUGGCACGCAAGCGAGGCGAGUACAAGAAGAGGAAGAACCAGCAGCACCGCCGCAGCAAGAUGCGGUGA